AUGACGACCUCUGGCUGUGUAACGCAGAGAAAAAAGAACCUAAAAAAUCCUCACGAAAAUAAUUAUGUCUUUGUUGGUUUGGAGGCUAUUCGCCCUAGUGAAGGCAGAAGCAAGAAUCAUCACCAAUUUGGAAACAUCAAAGGGAGCUCCACUGUCCACUACCUCGUUGACCUUAUCAAUUAUAUCACUUCAAAUGUAGACAAGCGACUGGAGGUCACCAUCGUCGCUAUCGACCUGCGAAAAGCGUUUGAUCUCAUCGACCACACCGCCUUGAUCAAGAAAAUGAUUCCUCUGGGUUUCCACGAGGCCUGGGUGAAAUGGAUCUCCCUUCAUCAACCUUCGCUCCUAGAGGACUUGGGCAAAUAA